AUGCUUGAAGAAAAGGAAAUAAAUAAGGGUUGUAAUAUGCAAGAAGCGAGACAGCAAUUCGCUGUUGAUUUAGCUGUAAAAGCUAUGGAUACAUACACUGUUGAAAGAGAUAUUGCACGUCAUAUUAAAAACAAAUUUGAUGAAACAUACGGCUCGAAUUGGCACUGUAUUGUCGGUAAAAACUUUGGAAGGUAUGUACAACAACAUCAUUUUAAUAACUUUCAUUAUAUUUCUGAUGCAUAUAUACGUUGA